UUUAUGCACUCGUCUGUCGCCUAUAAAAUACCAGCUCCCAAGUCCCAACUCACAUGGAAAGCACAAGAGAGUGAGAGAGACGGAGACAGAGAGACAGAGAGACAGAGAGUGGCUGUGAUUGGCUUUUCCUACCUCAGUUUUGCCCAACCACUGCGUCCUCAUCUGAAUGUGAUUCACACUCCAUCAGUAACGGAGCUGGUGGUUGGUGUGUGUAAUCUCGUCCCACAUAAGCAGUCCCAUGUGGUUCUGAUAUCCCCCAAGAUUCAACUCCUUCCCUUAUUAUUCACAGAUUGUAGUCCUCUUACAAUUUUAACAUUCACCAAACUACUUUUUCUAAAUUUCUGAUUUGACCAUCUUGAACUCACGAGCUUUUGCUUUGGUUUUGGGUGCCACCAUUUAUUUGCCAAAUGGGGGAAGUAGUUAAGGACUUAGCCGCUGGGACUAUGGGAGGGGUAGCACAGUUAGUAGUUGGCCACCCAUUUGAUACCAUUAAGGUUAAACUCCAAAGCCAGCCUACUCCACUUCCAGGGCAACCUCCCAAGUUCUCAGGUGCUAUUGAUGCUGUCAAGCAGACAUUAUCGGCUGAGGGAGCUGGGGGUCUCUACAAAGGAAUGGGAGCUCCACUUGCCACUGUUGCAGCCUUCAAUGCUGUCCUCUUCACCGUAAAAGGGCAAAUGGAGACAUUGUUAAGGUCUCAACCUGGUGUCCCGCUUACAGUUAGUCAGCAGGUCAUUUGUGGGGGAGGGGCUGGAGUAGCUGUGUCCUUUCUGGCAUGCCCUACUGAGUUGAUCAAGUGCAGGUUGCAAGCCCAGAGUGCAAUGGGGGAUGCUGGCUCAGUGGGUGGCGCAGUGAAGUAUGGGGGGCCGUUGGAUGUGGCCAAGCAGGUACUUAGGUCGGAAGGUGGUGUGAGGGGUCUGUUCAAGGGGUUGGUUCCUACUAUGGCACGCGAAAUACCUGGAAAUGCUGCAAUGUUUGGUGUCUAUGAAGCCCUCAAGCAGUUCUUUGCUGGAGGCCAGGACACUUCCGGCUUGGGAAGAGGAUCUUUGAUAGUGGCUGGAGGAUUGGGGGGAGCCGCGUUCUGGGGCUUCGUCUACCCAACUGAUGUUGUCAAGAGUGUAAUCCAGGUAGAUGAUUUCAAAAAUCCCAAGUAUUCGGGGUCAGUUGAUGCCUUUAAAAAGAUUCUUGCCUCCGAGGGAGUCAAAGGCCUCUAUAAGGGCUUUGGACCAGCUAUGGGUAGAAGUAUUCCAGCUAAUGCAGCAUGCUUCUUGGCCUAUGAGGUCACAAGGUCAAGUUUGGGAUGACAAUUUAUUUCCAGGCUAAUUGGUCGCUAUCGAUUUUCGUUUUUUUUUUUUUUGAUUCGGAAGCAGUUUUUCUAUACAUGAACUUGUGGUUGGGUACUAGGAUCCUCCAUUCUUUGUAACAACACUUCUGUUGCUGGAUGAGACAUUCUUUUACCAAUCAUAUUACAUGCACUGGUUUUCUCUUCUUUUCU